UCAUAGAUGCCGUCGGCUCAAUUGCCACACCCUUUCUCAAAUCCCUAAUCCCUAAUUCUGUUUUCCUCCUUGAUCUUCCUCGCAAAAUCAGGCUUCAUUCUUUCACGGAUGGAGAGAAGCCAGCGCAAGGUGCACCCCGACUGUAUCAAUGCUUCCAAUCCCUACCACAAUUGCCUUGACUACUGCUUCUCCAAGAUCGCUGAGGCUAAAGCCCAAGAACAACAUCAAUAUACUGGGAGAAAUCGAGAACCGGCGGAACGCACCGUGCACCCGAAGUGCAUAAACGCGUCCAAUCCCUUCCACGAGUGCGUCGAGUAUUGCUUCCGGAGGAUUGCCGAGGCUGUUAAUCAAAAUAAGACAGAUGCUUCAGAAGCAGAAGAAGCAGAAGAUGAGGGGCUACUCCCAUUAGGAACUGCUCAUAAAAGUGAACCUUCAUCUGAUGAAAGAGCAAAUCUGAGUGAACAAAAUGAUGAUGGCGAUAAGCGACCUGAAGAUGCUGAAUUAGGCUAUGCUCAACUUGAUGAAAGGCAGAAAAAGUUGUUUGAACUGAGGCUUAAAAUGAAUGAAGUAAGAAAAGCCAAUCAAAUGGCCAUGGUCGCAGAGAAAAAGAAAAUGGAGGCUCCACCUGAAUCAAGGGGUGUCUCAAAACAAAAGUGGCUUGAGGACAGAAAAAAGAAGAUAGGGAAGCUACUGGAUUCAAAUGGAUUAGAAAUGUCAAAGGCAUAUAUGCUUGAUACACAAGAGAUGGCUGAAGCAAAGUAUAAGAAGUGGGAGAAAGAUCCAGCACCAUUUGGUUGGGAUGUUUUUAAUCAGAAAACAUUAUACGACGCCUAUAAGAAACGUACAAAAAACAUAGAAUGCGACAUGGAGGCAUACAAUAAAGCAAAGGAAGUGGAUCCAGAGUUUUAUCGUGAUGCUUCUAGCCUUCAAUAUGGAAAGGUAUCAAAGGUUGCGGAGGAUGAUAUAGAUAGAAUGGUGAAGGAGCUUCAAGAUAGGGAUGCAAAGCGGAAAGCCUUCAGCAGAAGGCGUCGGUUCCAUGAAGAGAAGGACAUUGAUUCAAUCAAUGACAGGAAUGAACAUUUCAAUAAGAAAAUUGAAAGGGCCUUUGGCAAGUACACACUGGAGAUCAAGAACAAUUUGGAAAGAGGAACCGCUUUACCUGAUUAGGCCACAAUGGCUAUGUACAACUUAAUCUUGGAAUCAUGAUAUAGCUGUUUGAUGAUAGGCUGUAAUGGAACGGCUUGUUUGACAGCCUGACGAUACUUUCUUCCUCAUCUUCAUCAUCUUCACUUAUUUUAAAAAGAAUGUGUAUACACUUCUAAAUAGAUCACAUAAAUCUUUGGAGCUCUAGUUUAUUUUCUUAAUAUAUGUUCUAAAGCAGGGUUUGUGAU